AUGCGUGCCACCUCCCUCCUUCGCGCGACCGCCUCCAGCAUCGGUACGCAAUCCUCCGGCCUCAAACCCGUCCCUCUCGCCCUCCUGCCCCCGAUCCCGCUAUAUCGACGCCUGCUUCGCGCGCAUAGGAAGCAUUUACCCAAAGAGAUGCGAUUAUUGGGCGAUGAGUACGUGAAGAGCGAGUUUAGAGCACAUAGGUCGACGGAUAAUCCAGUCCACAUCGUCGGCUUCCUAACCGAAUGGCAAACCUACGCGCAACAAAUCGAAGGCGACACGUGGCGGGGCGAGAAAAUGGACAAGAGCAAAGUGGACAAGAUGAGCGAUCAGCAGAUCGGUCAGAUGUUUGAGUUGAUGAAUGCGAUUCGCGAGAAGGAGUUGCAGGAGAAUGAUCCGGAGUAUAGGAUGUAUGAGCCGCCGAAGGCCGAGGGGAAGGAGUGA